AUGUCGCCAUGGCAACUGGACGCGGUCUCCCCCAAUCAGUGCAGAGGACAACCCCACCAUCUUACCCCCACCAACGGCCGCAUCACUCAAUAUACUUUUCCCUUCUUUUCAGCCCACGUCUUACUUAUAUUCUCUUUAGAAACUCUAAACCAGAAAGAAAAGAGCGGUGAAAAGCCUCACAAAUGCCAGGUGUGCGGAAAGGCAUUUUCCCAGAGCUCCAACCUCAUCACCCACUCGCGGAAGCACACCGGUUACAAACCGUUCGCUUGCGACCUCUGUGGACGCGCAUUCCAGCGCAAGGUCGAUCUGCGCCGGCACAAAGAAACGCAACACACGGAACUGCGGCAGGGCAGGUACAGUCCACAGCCUCCUCCCGUGUAG